UGCAUCAGGUUUCCCGUCGAGAGUGAGUAGGAGAUGCAGAACGGGAGGCUGUACCCCCUAGUGCCCGUGAGCAGGGACAGGGUGGUCUCCAAGUUUCCUAAGUGAAGACCCUGCUCUGUAGGCCUCCACCACUCAUGAAACAGCAGCACUGAGAUCUUCGUAAUCUUUAAGAAAUCAACUCACAGAAUAUUCACCUUCUCCAGCACCUUGACCUGAAGAAACCAUGUCCAUUUUCAAAGUUCGUGGCGAGGGACAGAUUGUAUCAUUCAGUGACCCGUCUAACAUGAAGCUGCAGGAAUGAAGAGUGUAAAAGGGACAUCAUUGUUUCUGUAAACGGCCAUGAAAUUAAGUUCUGUGCUACACUCCUCAGGCCUGCCUACAGAUGAAGGAUCACUGGCACUCCCAAGUAAAGAGUGCCUGUCAGGACUGUGAGGCCAGGAGUGCUGGGAUGGCCAUGUCUAAGGUGGUGGUGGUUGGAGACCUCCACGUGGGGAAGACAUGUCUCAUCAACAGGUUUUGCAAGGACAUGUUUGACAGGGACUACAAGGCCACCAUUGGGGUGGACUUCGAAAUCGAGAAAUUUGAGGUGGCUGGUGUGCCCUUUUCCCUCCAGAUCUGGGACACAGCUGGCCAAGAGAAGUUCAAGUGCAUUGCAUCCGCCUAUUACAGGGGUGCCCAGGUGAUUAUUACAGUCUUUGAUAUGGCAGACAUUAAAACCUUGGAACACACACGCCAGUGGCUGGAGGAGGCGAUGAAGGAAAACGAGCCUGGGAUGUGUUUUGUGUUCCUGGUCGGGACCAAGCGUGACUUGCUGUCACCAGCUGAAUGCCAGAGGACUGAGAGGGAUGCCGUUAGGAUGGCGGCAGACAUGCAGGCCGAGUUCUGGUCCGUUUCUGCAAAAACAGGGGAGAAUGUGCAGGAUCUCUUCUUCCGUGUCACAGCACUGUCAUUCGAAGACUCCGUGCUGCAGGACCUGGAGAGAGCCGGCACCCCCAGCGGCAUAGGGGCAGGAGGCCUCAUCAGGAUUGACGGCACCUCAGCAGAGGGACCCCAGUCUGGUGCUAAGAGGUCACUGUCCUGCUGCUGAUGGGAGGCAGGGGAUAUCUGAAGAAUGGAUCACCUUCAAGUGUACCCAGAAGGGACCCAAAUAUCCAAAGGGACAAGCCGCCACAAGAGCAGGACUCGGAAGAGGUCAAUUAUACCCUCCGGCCACUAGGUGGCCAUGUGAUCUGCCUGGCCAGCAUAUCCAGUUGACAUGGAUCAUAAAUAGUGUGUUUAAUGCCCUCUUCAGUAUUGCCUGCUAAACUGAAAAAGCCUUUGCAUUGAAGACUAAAUCUGUCCUUUUGUGAGACGUCGACCGCACUGCCUGCAAAGUGCUCCUAAAGUAACAGGCAUAUAUUGUUAUAGCAGUUUUCAGGAUAAUUAGCAUUAAAAGUGAUAGUUACUAGAUAUUAACUGGACUCUUCCUGAAACACAUGUUAGCCUGGCUGACUGGGCUUCUUAUACAAAUUGCUGUUGUCUUAUGAUCAAUAAAGAUUGUUUUACCAAACAAAGA